CCUAACGAAUUGGCGGGAAUAUGCAAUUCCAUUCAGAGCAGAAACCGUAACUGUCAAUCAAUCCAAUCCCAACGGCUUUAACUUGCGGAGGACAGACGUCACGUCACCAUCAACCCUCUUCCAGUAUCACGAUUCUAUGCUCUACAGAGAAAAAAUCUACGUCCUCCAUUUCUGCAACGUCUUCUAUUCCCUAAUGGCGUAGUUUACGGGAUUCGAUUCCCUAAAAUCGCUGAGCUGAGCACCGGCAAUAGGGCUUACAUGGUCGAUAGAUGGGUGCGGGAGACGAGUUAUGGAUCGACUUGGAGGGCUGCAGCUGCCCCUGUCGCUGUCGAAACGAUGGCCGCUAGAACGAUGACUUCGGUGAAUCUACCUGGUAACAACGGAGAGCGAAUAUCGGUUGGGUGGAGGUUGAUAUCGUGCGCACAAUUCGGGGCUGCGCCUCGGAGAGGCUUGUUUAGAAAAUUGGGGUCUCGCGGUCAAAAAGCCUUCUUCUUUUCUGCUUCUUUUGAAUCCAAAGUACGUCGUCCUGUGGCCACCGGCAUGUGCUCUCAGAAUAAGGUGGACCGGGAUGAUAUGGACCGGUCGCCACCCUUGUCGCAGAACCAGCCCCUCCACCACAUUCAUCAACCACAACAAUUGCAGCCUUCGAGAUGGCUUACCUUGCCUACGAUCCUGACGCUGGGUCGCGUUGUAGCGGUGCCACUUCUAAUUUGCACUUUUUACAUGAAUGGCUGGUGGGGGACAACAGCUACAACAAGUAUUUUCAUUGUUGCAGCAAUUACAGACUGGCUUGAUGGGUACAUUGCUCGAAAGAUGCGACUGGGUACAGCAUUUGGUGCAUUUUUGGAUCCUGUAGCUGAUAAGCUUAUGGUUGCUGCGACAUUGGUCUUAUUGUGUAACAGACCUUUGGGUGUUGCUGUGUUUGGAGAUCUGCCAUGGCUAUUGACGGUGCCUUCAAUUGUUAUAAUUGGUAGAGAGAUAACAAUGUCAGCAGUUAGAGAAUGGGCUGCAUCUCAGAAUAAUAGAGUUCUUGAGGCUGUUGCUGUAAAUAAUUUGGGAAAGUGGAAAACGGCCACACAGAUGACUGCAUUAACUAUCCUCUUGGCUACACGAGAUAGCAGUCUAUCAGGGUCAGGCAUUUUAGUUUCCUCUGGUAUUGUUUUGCUUUAUGUCUCAGCUGGUCUCACCAUCUGGUCAUUGGUUGUGUACAUGAGCAAAAUAUGGAGAAUAUUGCUGAAGUAGUUGGCUUGUUAUAAUUCUCUGGCUUCUAUUUUGGUGGCAAGAGGGAAAUUUCUUUGGGGUUUGUGAUGGAAAACAUUUGGGAUGUAGGUUCCUUGUUUGAUUUCUUUUAAUGUUCCCAUUUGCUGAUUAAUCCAGCCAAAUUAUGGAAGUUGGACUUCGGUAUGGUUAGCUGAAGGGGAACAUGCUUUCUGAUGGCACCCGAAGUUUCAGAUUAGUUUCAUUUGAAAUUUUCUUGGAUGGAGAAAGCAGUUCUUAUUAAGGUUGCUUUAUAUUUAUUUGUUGGCAAGCGAUGAUUAGGGAUGACAGCGAGAUGCCUGACAAUCUCAAACUCUUAGGAACAGUUAUCUUAAUAGAGUCAAGUAGGAGAUACAAUCAUAUCUUUUUUAUCUUUGCAUGACUCUUUAAUUGGUGGUCGAUUUGAAAACUGAUUUGAUUGGUCUCUAGGAACUUCAAUGAAGGCAGCCUUGUAUCUGCUGCUGGACUUUUAAGUGUGGA